AUGCCUAAUCGAGGACAUGAACUGUGGAAGCAUUGUGAUCUUGAAAUCUCUCGAUAUCUUAAGAAAUGCUUCAAUCAGAAGUUCAUCACCUACCCACCCCAGCAUCGCGACCACAGCCCCCGACCAGGCACACAACCCGCUCCCACCUGCCUCCUCGUAACUCCAGCUCCAAUCCCGAAGACCCACCAGCAUCCUAACACCGCCCUGUUGAUCCCCACAGCGCACUGCCAGUUCCACCGCCUGGCCAUCCACAUCCCAUCCUCUUCUACUUUUCAAAUACUCACUAAAACGGCCAAGCCAACAAACCUCCAGUCUAAAGUGCGCACCCCCAACAUCACCUCCCAACAUCACCUCCACCUGUCAAUCCGACCCCCGCUUCUGGUACAACCUCCACUUCUUUCUCUUCAACUUCCCACUCCAACUCCUCCUGCACACGACGCAAAACCAUCAUCUCUCCCUAUUACAUCGGCCUCCCAUGCCUCACCUCAACCAAAAGGCAAGUAUUCCUCUCCGGCACCAUUGACUCCACAUCCAAGCACAAACAGCAUUCCACCCAAGCCAAUGCUAGACGAGUUCUUAGCCCAUAAGUUAGGGGAAGGGAAUUGGAGGAUUUGCGCGGCGCAUGAUUUGGCGCCUAUUGUUGAAAUGGCGCCUGGGCUGAGGGAGAGUUAUUUGAAGAAGAAUGAAGGGCUGGUUGCGUUGGUGCAGGAGCUUGGCUGGAAAUGGAGGGAGAGAGAACAUACCCAGGCUUUCCAAUUUAAACAUAUGCAUCCUAGAGACCUCAAUGUCGUCUGGCGUAGCUCAAGUCGACAAUUAGUGGAGAUCACGUGUACCGACAUUAACCGUAAUGACUCAGCUCGCUAUCACACACAGCCCCAAGCAUAA